AUGCGAAUGAUCGCCCUGGCUUUGCCCACCGGCCAGGCUGUCCCAGGCUCGGCCCCCGGCCCGGCUCCGGACCUGCGCUCCGCUGGCGGCGCGCAGAGGAAGCGAGAGCAGGUGGAGGAGGAGGGAGAGGAGCGAGCAGACCUUGGGCGCCCUGGGAUCCCUCAGCCCCUGCGGGUCACUCUCCAGAUGGGGAAACUGAGGCGGAGACGGCGGUCCGGGAGCCCGGCGGCUCCUCCCCGGCCCGGCCUCGACCGCCCACCCCAGAGUAUAGUGGUGGUGAUCAACACCAAGGAGGUGGCGCAGCGCAUCACGGCCGAGCUGAAGCGCUACAGCAUCCCGCAGGCCAUUUUCGCGCAGCGCAUCCUGUGCCGCUCCCAGGGCACGCUCUCCGACCUGCUGCGCAACCCCAAGCCGUGGAGCAAGCUCAAGUCGGGCCGGGAGACCUUCCGCAGGAUGUGGAAGUGGCUGCAGGAACCCGAGUUCCAGCGCAUGUCGGCGCUGCGCCUAGCAGCGUGCAAGCGCAAGGAGCAGGAGCAGCAGAAGGAGCGCGCGCUUCAGCCCAAGAAGCAGCGCCUGGUGUUCACCGACCUGCAGCGGCGCACGCUCAUCGCCAUCUUCAAGGAGAACAAGCGGCCGUCCAAGGAGAUGCAGGUCACCAUCUCGCAGCAGCUCGGCCUGGAGCUCAACACCGUCAGCAACUUCUUCAUGAACGCGCGGCGCCGCUGGAUAAAGAAGAUGCUGAAGAAGGUGGAAUAUGCUUGCUCCAUUUUUUGCCAAAAAAAUUGA